AGAGCUGAGCGAUGGCCGCGCCGCUGAGAUUCGACGGGCGGGUGGUCCUGGUCACCGGCGCAGGGGGAGGAUUGGGCCGAGCGUAUGCCCUGGCUUUUGCAGAAAGAGGUGCAUCAGUUGUUGUGAAUGACUUAGGAGGGGACAUGAAGGGAGUUGGUAAAGGCUCAUCAGCUGCUGAUAAGGUUGUCGAGGAAAUAAGAAGAAAAGGCGGAAAAGCAGUGGCUAACUAUGACUCAGUGGAAGCGGGAGAGAAGCUGGUGAAAACAGCGCUGGAUGCUUUUGGAAGAAUAGAUGUUGUUAUCAACAAUGCUGGAAUUCUGAGAGACCGUUCCUUCAGUAGAAUAAGUGAUGAAGACUGGGAUAUAAUCCAUAGAGUUCAUUUGCGGGGCUCCUUCCUGGUGACGCGGGCAGCCUGGGAUCACAUGAAGAAGCAGAAGUUUGGAAGAAUCAUCAUGACUUCAUCUGCUUCAGGAAUCUACGGCAAUUUUGGCCAGGCGAAUUAUAGUGCUGCCAAACUGGGUCUUCUUGGCCUUUCAAACACUCUUGCAGUGGAAGGCAGUAAAAACAACAUUCACUGUAAUACCAUUGCCCCAACUGCUGGAUCACGGUUGACGCAGAAUAUUCUGCCUGGAGAUCUUCUGGAUGCUCUGAAGCCUGAGUAUGUGUCACCUCUGGUCCUUUGGCUUUGCCAUGAGAGUUGUGAGGAAAACGGUGGCUUGUUUGAGGUUGGAGCAGGCUGGAUUGGAAAAUUACGUUGGGAGCGGACCCUCGGUGCCAUUGCCAGACAGAAGAAUCAGCCAAUGACUCCCGAGGCAGUGAAGGCUAACUGGAUGAAGAUAUGUGACUUCGAUGAUGCCAGCAAACCUAAGACAAUUCAAGAAUCAAUGAGUGGUUUGGUUGAAGUUCUCAGUGAAAUCAAUGCCAAUGGGAGAGUGUCCACCAAUAAUACCAGCCACACAGCAACAGCUGCUACAUCUGGAUUUACUGGUGCUAUUGGCUAUAAAUUUCCUCCAUUUUUUGCUACGUAUUCAGAAUUGGAAGCCAUUAUGUAUGCCCUUGGAGUGGGUGCCUCGGUCAAAGAACCCAAGGACUUGAAAUUUAUUUAUGAAGGAAGUUCUGAUUUUUCACCUUUGCCUACCUUUGGAGUUAUCAUAGCUCAGAGUUGUCUAAUGGGUGGAGGAUUAGCAGAGAUUCCAGGCCUUUCAGUCAACCUUGCAAAGAUUCUCCAUGGAGAGCAAUAUCUGGAGUUGUAUAAGCCACUUCCCAGAUCAGGAAAAUUAAAAUGUGAAGCAGUUGUUGCUGAUAUCCUAGAUAAAGGAUCCGGUUUAGUGAUUCUUUUGGAUGUCUAUGCUUAUUCUGAUAAGGAUCUUGUUUGUUACAAUCAAUUUUCUCUCUUCCUUGUUGGAGCUGGAGGAGUUGGUGGAAAACGAACAUCAGAUAAAGCCAAGGCCUCUGCAGCCAUCCCCAGCAGACCCCCUGAUGCUGUGGUUACUGACACCACCUCCCUCAACCAGGCUGCUUUAUACCGCCUCAGUGGAGACUGGAAUCCUUUGCACAUUGACCCUAACUUUGCGAGCAUGGCAGGUUUUGACAAGCCCAUUUUACAUGGAUUAUGUACAUUUGGAUUUUCUGCUAGACAUGUUCUGCAGAGAUUUGCAGAUAAUGAUGUGUCAAGAUUCAAGGCCAUUAAGGUUCGUUUUUCAAAACCUGUAUACCCAGGACAAACUCUACAAACUGAGAUGUGGAAAGAAGGAAAUAGAAUUCAUUUUCAAACCAAGAAUCUGGAGACUGGAGACAUUGUCAUAGCCAAUGCAUAUGUAGAUCUUGUGUCAUCAUCUGGGACUGCAGCUCAAGCUCCUACUGAGGAUGGGAAGCUUCAGAGUACCUUUAUAUUUGAGGAAAUUGGUCGCCGCCUUAAAAAUAUGGGCCUUGACGUGGUGAAGAAAGUGAAUGCUGUAUUUGAGUGGCAUAUUACGAAGGGUGGAAACACUGCGGCUAAGUGGACUAUUGACCUUAAAAAUGGUUCUGGGAAAGUAUAUCGAGGCCCUGCAGAAGGCUCUGCUGAUACCACAUUUAUACUUUCAGAUGAAGAUUUCAUGGAGGUAGUCCUGGGCAAGCUGGACCCUCAGAAGGCUUUCUUUAGUGGCAGACUGAAGGCCAAAGGGAACAUCAUGUUGAGCCAGAAGCUUCAGUUGAUCCUUAAAGACCAUGCCAAACUCUGAAGGACACACUGCGGCAUCAACAAAAAUAAGAAAAAUCUAAUGCUCGCUUCACAGAAUUGAUCGAAAGGAAGAUAAUGGAGAAAUUGCUUCAUACUCUCAGAUUUUAGAUAACUAUUCAGAUGUUUAUUUUCUACUAAUUUUUCAUGUCGUUAUUUUUACAAGGAACUUUAAGCAAGCAUUAACUAUCCUCCUAUUCUUAGAUCAAUGACUUCAAAAUAAAAUGUAAUCAUCUAGCAUCUA